UCGCUUCCCAAUUCCCAAUCGCGGGCUCCGCCUACAUCCCUGCAGCUGUGGGUAACUCUCUGGUACGCAGGGAGAGCGCGCAAAGCCGUAGGGGCGGGGUUGGAGCCGCGGCUCCUAGCCGCAGAGAGACAACAGGAGAGGAGAGAGGAGGACAGAGGACAAGCGUGAGAGCGCAACAUUCAUACCAUUGAUCAUCAUGUCUCCCCGCGUUCUGCCCUUCUUGAGUCUGGUGCUCGUCCAUGACGUCUGGCUCGGUGCUGCCCAGGACAGCUUCCUCAUCGUCACAAGCCCCGAAAGCGGUGACGUGUUUACGGCUGGCGACGAUGUUACGGUGGAGUGGGAAGCCUCUCUGGACAGCUCAUAUUUCGAUAUCACCUUGCUCAACGACGGUAACCCGGUGGGCGAUCAGUUCUGCGACGGUGGGUGCUUGGCUCCGAAUGGCUUCCUUGUGGUCACGCUGCCUGACGGGCUCCAGUCCGGGGACGCUUACUCCUUUCUCGUCGGCGAUAGGGUCGAGGAGGUUAGCAGCUACGGCGAGAGCGAGACUUUCGAAAUCGUGGCAGCGGCCAUCUCGAGCGACACUGCUGCAGAAGACGACGGUGACACCGAAGUGGCUGCCGCCGCUGACACCGGUGACGGGGAGUCGUUCAACUGGAUAAUCGUAAUCGUCGCGUUUGCAGCGGCGCUAGCGGUGGUUGCGCUGUGUGCGGUCUUGUGCUGCUGCUGCAAGCGUCGCAAGGAUAGAGUCAAAGACAUUGAGGCUGCUACAGUGGCCAGGAGCGGUACAAGCGAUGCCGCGCAUGGUGGGGGUGUCGUCGGCAGAGACGAUACUGGGGGCGGCGGCGGCGGUAUGAACGGUGACCUCUUUGCCAGCAGUGGAAGGGGUAGCAGCAUUGGCGGAACGUCUGUGUCACGGUUGGCGGAACUGGGGGCUCUUUCCCCUGUACACGAGGAGAGCACCGAGGUCGUCACGAGAAACCCGAUGAUAUCGGCAAUGGCGAACGGGGCUCAGUUCCACAGCACCGGGAGCGGUAGCGGCAAGUUCAACAGUACCGGGGGCGGUAGCGGCAAGUUCAGUAGCACCGGGAGCGGCAGCGGCAAGUUCAGUAGCACCGGGAGCAGUAGCGGCAAGUUCAGUAGCACCGGGGGCGGCAGCGGCAAGUUCAGUAGCACCGGGGGCGGCAGCGGCAAGUUCAACAGUACCGGGGGCGGUAGCGGCAAGUUUAACAGCACCGGGGGGAGCUCAAAGUUCGCGAGCUUGGGAAGGGGCAGCAGCAACGGGGGCUACGGGUCGGCGCGCGGGGGCGGGGACGAGGAGGAGGAAGGUGGAGGCAUGUUUGCCGACGCGGAGGUUGUGGCGGAGCUGGCCGUCGCCGCCGCCAAGGGCGCGGACAAGAAGGAAGGCAUCUCGGUCAAGAGGCCGGGGAGCGGGAGCGGGAGGUGGGAUGGGAACUGGAUCAAGUCGCCGUCUUGGAACAGGCAGAAGCCGGCCAGCGCCCCGACCCUGAUCGGGCAGCAGUCGCCAGGCCCCGUGAACGCCGCCGAAGCGGAGAAGAAGAUGGCGGAGGCUGCGGCAGCCGGCGAUCCCGAGCCCGAGGCCGCCGCCCCCGCGCCCCUGGAGGACUGGAUGGUGUCAACACAAGACAGCUUCAGCAGUCGGAAGUCUGCGGAGGCGGCGGCCUUCGCGGCGGCGGCGAGGGCCGACGCGGGAAGCGCGACCGGAGAGGAGAGCAUGGGGGAGAAGGUCGAGGAGCCCGAGGACGUUGGCGCGGCAACGCCGGGGGCAGGAGAGGCCACCGCGUUCUCGCCUCAGUCGGUGGACGGCAUCUCGGCGAAGGCGUUCGAGCAGGCCGAAGUAGUCACCAGCAAGCUGCCGGUGGUCAAGAGGCCGGGCAUGGUCGUGUCCGAGCCGGAGUGCGAGGUCCCCAAACCAGCCCUCAGCGCGAGGCGGCUGGGCGGAGCAAGGAAGCAGAGCGACUACUCGUGGCUUCUCUCAGCCUCUCCGAGCAACGUGGGAAAGUCGAGUCCGAUAAGUCCGUCUGGAUCGGGAGACUCUCCGCCACAAGCGUCGCACGGCAGGACGGACGUCACCGGGCCGCAAGCGGGCGGGAACACGCCUGUUAACGGGGGAAGACCCACCAUUGUUACGGUCGCUUCGGUAACCCCUGCCAAGACUCGCCAAGUCCCACCUUCCGCGCCGACUGCAGAUCAGGCGCCUGAUUUUGCGGCUGCCCCUAAGCAUGGCGGCGACCUUGGCGAACCCCCCUGUGGGCCCGAGCAGCGAGAGUCGGCGGCAGCGGCGGCGGCACUCCGCCUUCCCCCCAAGGCCCAAGGGACCACUCCGCGACGCACCCCGCUCCGUGGAGCUAGCCGCGGGCUGAAUCCGGCGACGACGCCAAUGGCAAAGUCUCCCAGAGGCCCGCGCGUGAGCCAGGUGGUCGAUGUCUUCGAGGGGUUGACGCCGAAGGGCGUAGGGGGUCCUUCGUCUUCGUUUGGGUUAGGUGCGACGCCAGGGAGAUCCAGGGCGCGUCCUCCGACGCUUGGCGCCGACACUCCUAAGGCUGCUGGUCCUCCAAUGCUGGCGCCCUCGCCGCCCGGGAUUCCCAACGCUGGUCACGCGCUCACGACUCCGAAGCCUCGUGGGGCGGUCAAGGGCGUGGCCACCCCUUCAGGCCCCGCCUUGAAGGUAGGGGCUGCGACGUGGGCCACCCCCGUCGCCACGCCCGAUCGCGGGUCCUUCGGGACAACGAUCCCGACGAAGCAGUCGGCGCGCGCUGCUGCGCCGGAAGACAUGUCUAAGGGCGGACACCCCGGCGGCGGCGGCGGCGGCGGCGGCGAUGCGGGGUGGGCGACCCCGGUGGCCACUCCUGAUCGUGCCGUGAGGGACCGCACGCCGGAGUUCACCGCACGUGGCGAUGCUUCGAAGGCGGGCAAGACGAGCGGUUCGCCGAUGGACGAGGGGCAGUUCGCGUGGCAGCUCGAGUCUCCUGCCGGAGUGGACGGCCUGCCGUCACCGAUGGGCAGCAACGGCAUUAACGCCCUUGCCGUCGGCAAGAAGGGAGGCCGCAUCAUCCCGGCUAUCCUCGGAGCCGCCAACACCCCGGUCACCGAGGUCUCUCCGGCGGUGACCCCGAGCACCACCGACAUCAAGGUCGCUUCCCACAGCGUGGUCAGCAGCGGGGACAGCUCGAUCGGUGCUGGGUGGGAGAUGGGGUCGUCCUUCGGAUCUUCGCGGGUCGCCGCCUUUGUGGCGGACGCCCAAGCGGAGGCAGCGGCGGAGGCCGACGCGGCGGUGGCGGAAGCACAAGCCGAGGCAGUUGACGAGCAAGCGAUGGAGGCAGAGCUAGCGCGUGCUGCGGCGAUGGUGGGGCAGCGAACGACAGCCAGGGGCGCAGCAGCGACGCCAUCGAAGACCACUUCGCGAGGAGCGCAUCAGCGAAACGGGCCUAGCCACACCAACCCGACAGCAGAGAUGGUGUCCUACCAGUCCGACCGGCCAACAGACCGCCAAGCCCAAGCGUCCGAGGCCGCCCUAGCGGCGAUGGCGGCGGCGACGGCUGCGGCGGAGGCAGACGCGGCCGCUGAGGAUGCAGCGGCGAAGGCAGCAGAAGCGGCGGUUAGGGCAGAAAAGGCCGCGGAGCAGGCGGCGGCGGCGAAAGCAGCGUCGCGGAGGGAUGCAGGAGCUGCGACAGCGACCGCCUCGGGAACACCGUCUGUGCUAGAGGUAAACCAGGGGAGAGCUGGUGUUGGCUUGGCUGAGGCUGUUUCUCCCAACGUGGUGGCUACACCGGAGACCACCGAAGGUGGUGGGGCUAUGGACGACACCGUUUUCAUUAAUGAGGCGGUCGGGAAGCAUCCUGAGGUGUACAACGACGCCGACAACAGCGACGAGAGUAUCAUCGACGUGGGUGAGGAGGUCGACAUGAGGGAGGAAAAGAACUGGAUGGCGGCGGCGAGCCCCAUGCCGAGGAUGCCUAACGCUGCCAGCAUUGGCGAAGUCUUUGCGAUGACCCCCACGGCGGCCGGCCAUGAAGAGCCCGUGCAAGACUUUGUCGGAGAGGGUGGAACAACAGCAGUGGAGCAAGAACACUCGGAAAACUUCGGUAGCUUCUCGGGCGAAUCAUCCUCCGGGGCGGACACGGGGGCUUUGCACCGGUAUGGCGUCUACGAUCUGGCGGGGGGGGAAGCUGCUGCAGCAACAGGGACCAACGAGUACGCGUCCUCGCGAGGCAGCGGCGGCGACGCCGCGACGUCCGGGGUGUUUCGGUCUGCCAGGAGCAUCUUGACCUGGAAGGAGGACGAUGAGCAGGAGGAAGGGGACGCAGAACGGGAGGCGGAGGAGGUACAAGCUCUCGUCGCCGAGGCGUUGGCGCUUGUUCAGGAAGCGAAUGCGGAUGAUUGAGGCUUCGUCGGGGGGGAGAGGGGAGAGGUGGGACGAAGUAGAGAGUUGAGGGAUUGGGGAAUGGCGAGGAGACACCGUAGCAGCAUAUUUUUUGUUUAUUUCAACGUUUUUCGAGAGAACCUGGGCGUGACCAUUUCAUGUGCUGCUGCAUGCGCUUGGGCAUGGUCGUGUGUUCGUGGCUUGGAGCGGCGGCGCAACACACAGAAAGAGCGUAUCGUUACAAGAGCAGCACUUGUCCACGCAGGGUGGGGAUACGGGGGUGUCGGCGACAAUUUUUUCGCGGGUAGUUCCUACCACAGGCGGCGGUCUCGCGUCCCCUCAUACUACUGUGCCUUUGUUGUCUGCUUCGAGGUUCAUUGAAUGAAUGCACUUGCUUGGUGCUCAGAACGCAAGCGCGUUUCAGGGAGGAAUGUUUUUGCCGUGGUUUUGCAUGUGGGUGGCCUUGCCAUCUCUGCAGCUCACCAGUAGCAGUUAUAUUUGAAAUAACGAAAGACCCGUCUGGGUUGAUUGGCUGGAAGCGAGGGUCGCCUCAGUCGUUUCCAGGAGCGAAGGAUUAGAUCCUUGUAUGCAUCAUUUAUAUACGAUAGGCCGAUUCGGAAUGUGGCUUGCCGAACUGAGCCAGUUUUGGCGUUGACGUCGUCUUUCCUUCUGUCUUCAGCACACCAAUAUGGCGUGCGUUUAGCAGGUUGCGUUGGAAUUUUCCGACAUUUUCUGGUCCCUUUAACCUGGAUCGAUUGUUUUCGGGCGGUUUUGUCAUACUUGGAAGAGAACGCACUUGUAUUCCUGGUAUGCUGUUGUGUGCAUACUAUGUAUUCAAGUUCAAGUUCAAACAACAUAUGUACCUCCCUGUUGGUGCGGUUAGAAGCCGAGUGCAUCCUAGGAUACGUCGCAUGGAUGGUGGUCUCGUGCGGCCGCUUUCUGUUCGAUUUGAGUCGCUGGCGUGUUUCAAAGCUGCGUCUUCGAAUACACGCUUUGUCGCUAGCGCUAGGGCUACACGUACGGAUCCAUGUUCACUCCUCCUUUUUGAUAUAUGCACAUCCCUUAAUUUAUACGUGUGCCAUUGAGAGAGUGCUCCGAGCGGCUUGUCGGAGGCUUGUCAUUGUGUGACAUGUGCUUACGUUUGUUGGAAAGCACGGUUAGCUUUGAAGCAGGGGUGACGGCAGCUCUCCGUCAACUAAUGGCGUCAAGUCACAUGCAGACAACCAAGCUAAUAGAGCACGCAAUUUGGAUUUGUUGCUAUCGAUAGCGUUAUUUUGGGUAGUAUAUUUCUGGAUGCUGUGUGUUUGUCUGAGUUCUUUACGGCGAACGACGCGUGGAAUGAAUGUAGCCUAAAAUGAUCCGUAAGUGAUCGUGUUGGGGCGGUAAUUGAUUAGCUUGUUCGUAACAACAGCAAGCAUGAAUACUGUACAACCGCGUCAGAUGGUCGUGAAUGCAUGUACGCACGAACAUAGCAGGCUUUAAUUGUGGCACGGCUUUCGCUUCUUUCGUUGUACAGGAAGCGUGCGAGAUUGUUUUGCUUUCAAAUGCGACGCGCAUUCACGCCUAACGAUGCCCGUACGGGUUUGGAUCGUUUUCGAUGUAUUACAGGUUGGUUAUGGAUCGAAGGGUGUGUGUCUCGGCGCUUGGUAGAUUGGAGCAAGACCAAAAGAAACCAAAAGUAAUUGCUUUAGAUGCAGCAAGGCAAGAUGUUUUUGAUGUUGUAAGAAGAUGAAUGAAACAUGUUAUCGCAUCAAUAGGAG